CCUUGCCAAAGCAGGCCGAAAUAGGUGACAUUUAAUAAUUAUUAUAGAGAGGAGACGAAAUUUUUAAGUAUGAGCUAAACACUUGAUUGGCGUCAUAAAACCAAGAAGCCCCAGGGAGAUUUCAAUCUGGCAAUCAUUAUGAACAACUCAGAUAGUAGCAAGAAAAGUACCGAUGCCUUGAAGUACGAGAAGGAUGAGCACACCAGCAAAAUACUGAAGUCAAUGGAAUGCUUUGAGGAUGUUCACAAGCCGAACGUGACGAAGAGCUCUCAAGAAAUUAGCUUGUCCAAAUCUAGUGGAAGUCCUGAGUCCGAGGAGGACAACCAGCGCAGCCUUGUAUCGAAAUCGGAAGAGAAAGAUACAGAAUCGGAGGCAAACAACGAUUAUACCAGCUUCCUGAAACACAUGAGCGUUCGUUACUCACACUAUCUCGUGGAGUUGGGUGAAGUAAAGGAUAAGAAAGGAAAGAAAAUGGAUUAUAGCGAUUACAGCUGUAGUGAAUGUGCCGCUUGCGAGGGACCCUCAUGUAGCUGGCAAGUCCCUGCCGAAAAUGGACAGGAUUGCUCUUCAGGAGCUCAGAUGGAUUACCCACCCCCAAUGGAUAUGUCUGAAAUGUCCGAGGACGGGCACUAUUAUAGCUAUGGGAAGUCCCUGCCAAACUCUCAGUCUGGCUCAGAUGAGACAAUUGUGAAUGAGCCCAGGAGAUCGCCUUCGCAGACCUCGCAAAAUCCCGCCUGCUCUGUGAACUCCUUCUGCUGUCCCCUAAGACGACCUGGCCAGAAGCCAGUCUGCUACUCGUGCAAUCAGGGAUAUCCCAGCCAGGAGCACUUUAUGAGCUCUUCCAUCUCGCCGCCCAUGGAGGUAGAUCCGAGCUCGGGGUAUCCCUAUUACAAUUACCCUGAGCCCGGCAGCUAUCCCGGCAUGGCGAUGAGAUCCAUGGGAAAUAUGCAACUGGAUCAAAGGGGACGCGGUGGUCAAAAGAGCGAGGAUACGCGCUCUGGCUCUCCACCAACAUCCAGUCCAUCUCUAGCUGGAGGAGCAAAUAAUCUCAAUUCAAGCGCAUUCAAUAUGGAGGAGUUUAUGCAAAAGUAUCAGAAGAGCCUUCAGCAAUGUUAUGCCACCGCACAGCAAGGAAUACAACAAACCUUUGCGCAGGCCAAUAGUCAGCCAUUUUUUAGCCAGCCUUCUCAAGGAAAUCCACAGCAUUAUCCCACUACCAAUCCAGGUGCUCAACAAAUGUUUGCCAACCCGAAUCAAGCAACUCCACAAUAUUAUGACAAUACCAAUCAAGAAGCUUUUCCAGAUAUGCAACAGGCUUUUAACUCUCCCGUAGAUCCCCAGCAAUUUUUUAAUAGCUCCAAUCUCGGCGGUCAAUCAUUUAUGCCGACUUCCAUGUCUAUGCAGCCUCCGGAUAUCUUUGGUAGCAACACUGGCUUCAUCAGCGACACUUUGCACACGCAGACCGUGUAUUCCUCUGACUACAAAGCGUUUUCUAACUCGGGAAAUCAAUUUAAUCACUUUCCCAAUGGUAUAGACAUUGGCUUGGGCCCCGACUCCUGUCCCGACUACAGGCCAGCUGGAUACCCUGGCCUGGCCGAGAUGGGAGCCGGUGGUCAAGCCAACAUGAACUCAUAUCCGCUUAGUCAAAUGAGUUAUACAAGUCCUUACUCCUACGACAUGUCUUCCCCCUCUCCUGGCCAUCUUUCUGGUCAUGGAAAUCCAAUGUAAGUCGAGUGACCUGACCCUGGAAAGUGGCUUUAAUUAAAUUUAAAUUUGCUUUUAGCAAGAAAGUUAAAUAAAGUAUAAAUAUUUUAUUGGCACUGUUUAA